CUAAUUCCAAGUUCGUAGAAUAAAGUCGAAUUGCGUCAAAAUUCUCCCCCAAUUUUCCCACCAAAAUAUCAAUUUCAUUUGCUCGUGAGAAUGUUCCCCACCAAUCAACCAUGGCGAAACACACUAUGUUUUUCUUCUUACCCUUUUCCAUUUCUUGCAAAUCGUCACACAGUUUCGUUCCAACCUUCAACAACAGAAUCUUGGAACCAGAGUUGCCAUGGAUGCUUCAUCAUCACCUAGUUAUGAGCAAAUGCAAGUGCAAAAGAGAUUAUGAUAGAAGAACAGCACUUCACUUAGCUGCUUGUGAAGGAUGCACCGAAAUCAUUCUCUUACUUCUUGAAAAAGGAGCUGAUGUCAACUCUACCGACCGUUGGGGUCGCACGCCACUUUCGGAUGCACGUAGCUUAGGUCACUUGGAAAUAUGUAAAAUCCUUGAGGCACAUGGAGGACUUGAUCCGGUUGGACUCGAUUCCCAAACUCCGUGUUACCAAAUUCAUUACACAGAAGUUCGAAUGAAGGAAUCAAUUCUUAUUGGCGAACAGGGUGCGUAUGGUGAAGUUUAUAAAGUAAAAUGGCGUGGCACAGAAGUCGCUGCUAAAACAAUCCGGUCUUCAAUUGCAUCAAGCGAAACUGUGAGGAAAGCGUUUUUGAAAGAACUUGAGUUAUGGCAAACGUUGCGACACCCAAACAUAGUGCAGUUUCUUGGUGUCUUGAAAGACUCGGAUCGCUUGAUAUUCCUAACUGAGUAUUUAAAAAAUGGAAGUUUGUAUGACAUUCUAAAGAAGAAAGGAAGACUUGAUUCGAUGACUGCUGUCUCUUAUGCUUUGGAUAUUGCAAGGGGUAUGAAUUAUCUUCAUCACCAUAAACCUCAUGCUAUAAUACACAGGGAUUUGACCCCAAGAAAUGUAUUGCAAGAUGAAGCGGGGCGUCUUAAAGUGACAGACUUUGGGUUGAGCAAAAUUGCACAGGAGAAAGAUGUUUAUGGUUACAAAAUGACUGGAGGAACUGGAUCAUAUCGGUAUAUGGCUCCUGAAGUAUAUCGGCGAGAAUCUUAUGGCAAGAGUGUUGAUGUUUUCUCGUUUGCUUUGAUUGUUCAUGAAAUGUUUCAAGGAGGACCAUCAAAUAGAGAAGAACCACCCGAGCAUGUGGCGGAUAAACGAGCAUACGAGGACUCGAGGCCGCCUUUAUCUUCAUAUUUGUAUCCGGAGCCUGUAAGGAUGCUUCUUAAAAGAUGUUGGCACCGCAAUCCUGACGUGAGGCCAAAGUUUGAAGACAUAAUAACAGAACUGGAGAAGAUUUUGGAGAAUGAAGAAAUUGUUGCUGUUGGGGUUUUCAUAAUAUUCGGGCUAUGUAAUUCAACCAGAAGGGUAUCUGAUUCAUCAAACAAUAUGAGGAGACACGUUGGAUUAGGUGGGAGUACAUGUGAAGAAGCGUCACUAGGGGAAGAUGAUAAGAAAGAUAAUGACGAUGGAUUUUAUAUAAGAAGAUGUGUGGAGCUUGCUAGAAAAGCUAUUGGGCAUACAAGCCCUAAUCCCAUGGUUGGUUGUGUUAUCGUUAAAGAUGGGAAAAUCAUUGGUGAAGGAUUUCAUCCCAAAGCUGGGCAACCUCAUGCUGAGGUUUUUGCUUUAAGGGAUGCUGGGGAAUUGGCAGAGAACUCAACUGCAUAUGUGAGUUUAGAACCAUGUAAUCACUUUGGAAGAACUCCUCCAUGUUCUGAAGCACUAAUCAAAGCAAAAGUGAAAAAGGUGGUGGUGGGAAUGGUUGAUCCAAAUCCAAUUGUUGCCUCAAGGGGCGUUGCUAAAUUGCAAGAUGCAGGAAUUGAUGUAACAGUUGGUGUUGAAGAAGAACUCUGCAAAAAGCUUAAUGAGGCAUGGAUACAUCAAAUGAAAACUGGGAACCCUUUUGUUACAUUAAGAUACUCUCUCACUAUCGAUGGUGGUCUCUCAGAUGAUCUUGGGGAAGAAUCCAUGGAGGCUGGUGGAUACUACUCAAGGCUAUUACAAGAACACGAUGCAGUUGUGCUUUCUUCAAAAUCAUUAAAAAAGUAUUCAGUUCCUGAAUCCAAAGAACCCAAAUCAAACCAACCUUUGCGAGUUAUAAUUGCAAAAGAUCCAAAUCAAGUGAUUCAGAUUGAAGAAUCAGCUUCAAAGGUGGUCAUAUUCACGGAUCAACAGACAGGAGUGGGAUCUGAAAAGGGGAUCGAGACACGGGUUUUUGAUGAAUUGAAGUUAGGGACAAUCUUGGAGCAUUGUAAAGGUGAAGGACUGUGCAGUGUGUUGCUGGAUUUAAGAGGGGGUAUUGUUGACUUUGAGGAGAUUUUGAAGGGGGUCGAGGGAAAUUUGGUGCAGAAGUUGGUGGUGGAAGUUUUGCCAAUUUGGGGUGGGAACAAAGAAGCUACCUCCCUUGAGGCUAUAAAGAUUGGCCAAAAAGCAGGCUUGAACAAGUUUGAACCCAAAAUAGUGGGCAAAAGUGUAAUAUUGGAGGGUUACUUUUGA